AGAUUUCAUGUUUGUGCUUCCAUUUCGAGAGCUGAACUUGAUUAAAGAUGAUCAGUACAGUAUUCACAAACUUCUGCUUGACUUUCUUCCUGAACUUCAAGAUCUGGACUCAAAGAUUUAUGAUGAGUGUAAAGUUGUGUUCAUCUUCGAUGGUCUGGAUGAAAGCAGAAUUUCACUGAGGUUUUCAGACAGUGAGAUGGUUUCUGAUAUAAAUGAGUCUUCAUCAGUUGGUAUAUUGAUGUCAAACAUCAUCAGAGGAGAGCUGCUUCCCUCUGCUCACAUCUGGAUCCCGUCCAGACCAGCAGCAGCCAAUCAGAUCCCUUCAAAAUACAUCAACCGGGUGACUGAAAUUCAGGGAUUCAAUGACGCUCAGAAGGAGGAAUAUUUCACGAAGAGGAUCAGUGAUCAGCAUCAAGCCAGCAGAAUCAUCUCACACAUCAAAAGAUCAAGAAGCCUCCACAUCAUGUGUCACAUACCUGUCUUCUGCUGGAUCUCAUCCACUGUACUUCAGAACAUCCUGAAACAAGAUGACAGUGCAGAAAUCCCUCAAACUCUGACUGAAAUGUACAUCCACUUUCUGCUCAUUCAGAUAAACAUAAGGAAUCAGAAGUACGAUGAGCGAGAUCCAGGAAAAGUACGGCAGUCCAACAGAGAUGUGAUUUUGAAACUGGCUGAACUGGCUUUCAAACAGCUGAAGAAAGGCAAUAUCAUGUUCUAUGAGGAGGAUCUGAAAGAGUGCGACAUAGAUGUCAUUGACGCCUCAGUGUAUUCUGGGAUUUGCACAGAGAUAUUUAAGGAGGAAUCUGUGAUUCAUCAGAGGAAAGUUUACUGCUUCAUUCAUCUGAGCUUUCAGGAGUUUCUUGCUGCUAUUUAUGUGUUUUAUUGUUAUGUAAUUAACACUGUGGAGGUACUAAGGUUUUUUGAUUCUCUGCAUAAUUUGCUCAGAGGAGCAGUAGAUAAAGCCUUAGAAAGCGAGAAUGGACACCUGGAUCUUUUCCUCCGGUUCCUGCUGGGCAUCUCACUUGACUCCAAUCAGAAACUCUUACAGGAUCUACUGACCAACACUCACAGCUGCUCAAGGAGCAUUGAGAAAACAACUGCUUAUAUUAAAGACAAAAUUAAACAUGGACAUGAUCUUUCAGCUGAAAGAUCCAUCAAUCUUUUUCUUUGUCUCUUUGAAAUGAAAGACCAGACCCUGUACAGAGAGAUCCAGGAGUUUCUGAAAUCAGGCAAACACUCAGAGAAGAAACUCUCUUCUGCACUUUGCUCAACAAUCGCCUACAUGUAUCAGAUGUCAGAAGAGGUGCUGGAGGAACUUGAUCCCAAGAAAUUUAAUACAUCAGAAGAAGGUCGAAAAAAACUCUUACCAGCUGUGAAAAACUGCAGAAAAGCUCUUCUUGCUGACUGUAAUCUCACUGAUAAAUCCUGUGAAAUUGUGGCCUCAGCUCUACAAUCAUCAAACUCUGCAAAGAUGCUCUCUGAUCGACUGAACCAUCCAAACUGCAAACUGGAGAUACUUAAUUUUGACCAUGGAGAGUCCUUCAGAAUCACACCAGGACUGCGGAAAUAUGCCUGUGACCUCACAUUAGAUCGAAACACAGUAAACACUCAUCUCAUUCUAUCUGAGAACAACAAAAAGGCAACAUAUUUGGAAGAGGAGCAGCCAUAUCCUGAUCAUCCAGAAAGAUUUGAGCACUACGAGCAGGUUCUGUGUAGAGAGAGCCUGACUGGACGCUGUUACUGGGAGGCUGAAUGGAGUGGCUGGAGUCAUAUAGCAGUCACAUAUCGAGGUAUCAACAGGAAAGGAGGAAGCGAAUGCAGGUUUGGACUCAAUGAAAAGUCCUGGAGUCUGGUCUGCUCUGGUAAAAAUUACUAUGCCAGGCAUAAUAAUGCAAGAACUGACAUACCUGCACCCUCAUUCUGUUCUAACAUAAUAGGAGUGUAUCUAGAUCAGCCAGCUGGCUCUUUGUCUUUUUACAGUGUUUUAUCUGAAACUGGCAAAAUUACCCACAUUUACACCUUCCACUCCACAUUUACUGAGCCCCUCUGUGCAGGGUUUGGUAUUGGGGUUGACAGUGGAUCUUCAGUGUGUUUAUGUUAAAUACAGAAGCUGUGAAGCAUGUGUCAGACACUCAGACCAUGGGCCAAAUACAGCCUAUGGAGGAAAAAAUUUAACUAUGAGAGUUUAGCUCCAAAUCUAAUUAAAC